AUGAAUAACGAAGCAACGACGAUGGCGUCAACAACAGGUUCCAUCAACGUCAACCUGAAAAGGUUCGACUGUAGAGCUGCAAUGUCUGUCAAAUGCAACGCCGUUGUCAUCGGCAAGAGGAACACCGGAAAGAGCGUCGUGAUCGCGGAGCUGCUGUACUACCUUAACAAGCAGAAAGUGCCCAGGGCGUGUGUUUUCUCGGCCACGGAAGAGAGCAACCGCUUCUUUUGCAGACACAUACCUGAUUCUUUUAUUUUUGACGAGAAGAACGUGGAGGGAAAGUUGACAGAGAUUGUCGAGCAGCAGAAACGCCUGCAGCUACAGAGGGACAUUGGCGAAAUUGAUCCCGAUACGGACCUGCGCGUCGUCAUCGUCCUGGACGACAUGGGUUACAAUCGAAAGGCGCUGACGAGCCAGAUUCUCACAUUUAUUUUCAUGAACGGGAGACACUACGAUAUCACGCUGAUCGUUGCCAUCCAGCACGUAAUGCAGCUCACGCCUGCACUGAGGAGCAACACAGAUUACGUGAUUUGUCUCAAGGAAGGAAACAAGAAUGUCAUGCGAAACCUGUAUGAGAAUUUUUUUGGCGUGUUUGAGAAGCCCGUGCACUUUAAGAAUGCGUUUGAUGCGUGCACGAAAGACUUUGGUUGUUUGAUUCUCAACAACACCGUGACGAGCGUUCUUGUUAACGACACGGUCAAUUGGUACAAGGCAACCCCCAACCGUGUGUUCAAGUUUGGGUCUCGAGAGUUUUGGGAGUACCAUGACGAACGGUACGUCUCCAUCCAAGACAGAUAUCUGCUUCAGCACAGGCCAGCGGCAGACACGACAAUGUCAAGCGAUGGCACGUUUGUGAUUCACAAACACGUUUAA